CUGCUGCAUUCAAGAGAGCCAUCUCUGCGGUCUACGGAAAUUGCCCUCUACGGACUCCGACUGCUGCUGCUCCCAUCUUAUCCACUACCACCUCCAUCUAUCCCACCAAGUCCUAUUGCUCUUCCACCACCACCGCCACCAAAAUGUCCUCCUCAUCCUCCACCACUCCCGACUACCUCAAAGCCUCUCACGACAACAUCUUCGCCAACAACAAAAAAUGGGCAGAAGCAAAAGCCAAAAAUGACCCCGAAUUCUUCACGAAACUGUCUUCGGGCCAGAAGCCUGAUUACCUCUACAUUGGCUGCGCCGAUAGUCGCAUCCCCUCCAACGAAAUCAUGGGCCUGGACGCCGGCGAAGUCUUCACACACCGCAACAUUGCCAAUUUAGUCUGCAACACGGACCUGAACGUCAUGAGCGUCAUCAACUACGCCGUACGCCAUCUCGAAGUCAAGCACAUUGUCGUCGUCGGACACUACAGUUGCGGAGGCGUCAAAGCAGCCAUGACACCCGCAGAUUUGGGGCUUUUGAACCCCUGGUUGAGGAAUAUUCGAGAUGUGUACCGUUUGCAUGAGCAGGAGUUGGAUGCGAUUGAGGAUCAGAGUAAGAAAUAUGAUCGACUUGCCGAGUUGAAUGUGCUGGAGCAGGCGAGAAAUGUGGUCAAGACGGCGGCUGUGCAGCAGAGUUAUGGACAGAAGAAAUUUCCGAUUGUGCAUGCGUGGAUUUUUGAUUUCAAGGAUGGGUUGUUGAAGGAUUUGGAGCUGGAUUUUGAGAAGCAGUUGAAGGAUAUUCAGAAGAUUUACAACUUGUGCGGGUAAGGGAGAGGGAAUGAGAGGUGAGAGGUUGUGGGGAGUGUCAUGAUAUAUUAAGCAAUUUUGGUGUAGGCGGAGUAGAAAGGAAGAAGUGUCAAUGUAGGGCUAUGGGUGCGUGUAGGUACAGGUAGCUAAGGUACCGCGCUGAGCUCGAGAUACAUGGCAAUCUACGUUGUA